AUGACUACUGGGCCUAAGCUCAAGUUUUGCCCGGAGAGCAAUGAUCUCCUAUAUCCAAAAGAAGAUCGAGAGCGCAGGAAGCUCGUCUACCAUUGCCGCAAUUGUGGCUACCAAGAAGAUGCAGAUCCUUCAAACUAUUGCGUGUACAGGAACGAGAUAACCCACACGAAUAAGGAGAGGACCGUCAUCCUGCAGGAUGUGCGGUCAGAUCCCACACUCCCCAGAACCAGGGAUGUGAUCUGCCCAAAGUGUGCCCACAACGAGGCUGUCUUCUUCUCUGCCAGCACAGAGGAAGGCAUGACGCUAUUCUUCAAUUGCUGCAAGUGCGGCCAUCGAUGGCGGGAUUAUGUCUGA